UUAGGGCCCAAUAUAGGCCGAGUCCAGUUCCAAGUUCCAACCAUCGUCUCCACUCUCCAGCGGUCCAGCCUGCCAUCAUCUUCUGUUCGUCCUCCUCGACCUCGAGUAAAACCCUCGCCCCUCUCCUCUUCCCCGGCGAACAAGAAGCUAUCCCAAGGUUUACUCCCAGGAUGGUGGACGCGUGGUGGCCGCUGCUCGCCGCGGCCGUCCCGGCGAUCGUGGCCGGGCAGGCCAUCCGCGUCAAGCGGCGGCGCGACGAGGAGCAGCGCCUCAAGGCGGCGCGCGGGCGCGAGAAGAGCUCCGACGAGGUCUUCGUCUGCGAGCGCGUCUGCACCUCCAAGCGGAUGCUCAAGAAGGUCGGCGCCUUCUCCAAGGACCCUAUUCCGGACACCUGCGUCACCGUCUGCGGCGUCUCCGAGCUCGACGCCUGCGCCGACGCCUGCGCGCGCACCGUCUGCGUCAACCAGCACCAGGUGCCCAACUGGAACGACGUCUGCCUCAAGCGGUGCCAGAGCGAGUGCCUCAAGCUCUCCUCCACUCUCAUGUAGUGCUAGUACCAAUUGCCUUGCCUCUUAUCCUGAUGCACUGUUUCCUGCUUCAGUUUAUUUGUUGUUUAGAAACUUCACACAUCUGCGGCUGUCGUUGAUAUAUCCGGGGGUGCUGAGAUCAAGUGAAAUGGUUUAUCCUGAUUGUUAUGCUCUGUUCAUUCCAUGAACUCUUGCUACUUCGAUCUUUGACAGACUCGUUGUCUGAUACAAAUCAUGAUUGCUAGGUAAGCUGCAAUGUGCUGAAUUUUUUAGGUGUUACAGAGGUUCGAUUGGCCCUGUUGGAUGAAAUGCUUCCCAUGUUGUCGUUAGAAGUUAUUGUCUUUGGUAGUUAUUUGAGUGUAGUUCUUAUUUCUUCUUAGAUUUAUUUUGGUGAAUUAAUCUUUAGCUUCAUAACUUGCAGACUUGCUAAGAAUUCUGGAAUACAUUUCGGGGUCCAUAUGCCAAAUCUAGUGUAGUAGGUUUGUUGGAGUUCAGGGCAGUUUCCAUAGUGAUGAUAAUAUCUUGUCUUGCUUAAGCUGAUCCAUUGAUUAGUUGACGAUAUUAUCCCAAUCAGCAUAGGCCCUAAUAUCUGUCGGUAUUCGUUAUCUGAUGUUUUGGAAUGGAACAGUUAUCUAGGAUAUGAGACAAGCUAACUUGUCCAACUCAAAGAUAUCAGCCCUCCUUCAAGGCCCACCCCACCGGUUCAUGCAACCAAGGCUUUGCUCAUGCUGUGCUUCUGCAUAUUUGUCUUGACAAACUGAAUUCAGUAGAUUAAAUUUACAUUUUCAAGUUUGUUACUGCAUGCAUGUGUACAUGUUAUUCAAUGAAGUUUGCAUCUGUAGGUGAUGAUACAACAAGUGAAAUUAACAAAUAUAUAUCUAUGGAUUAAAUUGAUUGUUGAACUGCCAAUGCAAUUGGGUCUGAAAUUAACAGAUACUCCUAUAUGGUUUCUGAUUUCACGCAAUAUAUAGCUAAAUAUUUAGUAACUGAGACCAGCAGGAAGCACGAGCUCCGUGUCUUUAAAUCCAAGCAGGGAGAAGGGACCAUGAGGGUGCUUGAGUUGGCGAUGUAGCCUGAGCCUGACGACCGCAGGAAUAGCCAUUGUUCCCAGCAAGGUGAUCAUGCUCGGAGGUGGUAAGCCAGAGAGGUAUGCUGGGUGGAUCUCUGGAACGGCACAUGGUUUUGCGAUGUGCUCAGCGCGAGCCCCGUGUUAUGUUUUCAACCUGCUGCCCUGCCCAGGCUAGGUGGAUUUUGCUGCAGUGCGUCGGUCCUUUUUUAUAUUACUCGGAAUAGGAUGGCCAUUGAGUAAAAACUGAUCUCUCACGCUAGGGCCUAAUGUUUCUUUGAGUAAGACUGGUAAAAGGUUGCUAGGGAAUCGAUCCAGAUGCUCUGGUCUUGGUGCGCCUUGUUUGCUAGUUCAUCAGCAAUUUCAUUCUUUUCUCUCGGACAGUGUUCGGAUACGAUCAUCACGAACUCGCCAGCAAGUUUGGAACAUUCUUUAAACAGCCGCUGCGGAGUCAUAGAAGCGAUCAGCGCCUUGCGCGGCCUCCGUCAAAGAUAAAUUGCCCGAGUUAACACUUAACAACCACCCUAGAGCACCCCAGGUGAUCUGCGAGUUGCAGUCAAUGUAGAAGAGCGAGGGCUUCUGCAGUCAGUAUUUUAUUUUAUUUUUUAAUCAUUUCUGAAGGUUUAACAAAUAGCUGGAGGUAGCAAACUAACAGACCAUGUCUUUCAGUUAUGCACUGAACAAAUUUUCCAGUCUCAGUUUUGAAAUGAACCUGGGCCUGGGUUACACUCUGUUCGUCAAAACCUGCCAAUCGGACCCGGCAGCCCAGGCUAUCGCUCCGCAGCUUUCUAGGUCUAGCCGUCUUUAGCCCGCUCGCAGGGAGAGGCCGAGGCGCACGGCGACCACGCACCGCCAAUCUCAGCUCACCGCUCGUCUUCUCUCCUCCCAGCGACCCUCGAGGCCAGGCGGCGGCGCGGCCUGCGCCGAUCUGCGUCCUGUCCUUCCAUCUGGACGAAGCUUACAUUUGGUAGGUCAUGGCUGGGGUGGUUGUUGAGUCUACAAAAACUAUUGGGACUGCUACAACAUCAACGGAGUCUGAUGAAGAUGAAGAUUGUAUCUCCACAGCCAGGUCCUCUGCUAAAAGGCCAGCCAAGAAAGCAAAGAAGGAUGUAAGUGAAGAGGAAGACCUGAUUUCCACUCUUGGGCGCGUAGGUUCUGAGCUUGCGGCCGCCAUUGUCACGGCUGCUAAAAAAUCUGCCCCUCAACCUCCUCCUGUUGAUGAGAUCCCUGAUAACCUGUACGAGACUUUGCUGGGAAUGGAAGGCUACAGUGAGACUCAGAUUGAUGACUAUUAUAUUUUUUUGGUUAGCAAUCCUAGAAGUGCCAAAGCUUUCAUGAAGAUGGGACACGUCGGUCAGCUGGUCUGGAUGGAUAGGUACAUCAACAAGGAGUUCAAAGAUUAGAUAGCAGGUGUUCCAUGAGAAUGUUAUGUUGACAAGAAUUCUCUCUUAUGUGUGUUGAACCUUAUGUUUGCUUCGGGUUUAUGUGUGUUGAACCCUUAUGCUUGUUGAAUCUUAUGGAGAUAAUCGUGUGAAAUCUACUCCUUCCGUCACAUGUUAAGUGACUUUCUAUUACAUGUAUCUAGACGCCUUUUAGGCAUAGAUACAUCCAUAUUUGAGCAAAUUUGAGUCAUUUAAUAUGGACGGAGGGGGUAUGUAUUGUGCUAUGUAAUGCCUUGCCAAUGUCAAAAAUUCGAAAAAAUUUAGAUUAA